AUGAAGUCCAUGACUUGCAUUUCACGUGAUUUGUGGGAGCGACGUGGUACGCGAUUGAUUGCGAUCAGGGUUCUCUCUCACUACGUUGCCACCAAGGUCUUCAACCCUGUUGACCAGACCCCCAUGUCUUCUUACCAGCAGGCCACCGUGGCCGCCAACGAGGCUAGCGGAUCUGCCAAGAUGGUCAACAGCGAGGACAUGUAA